UCUUUCCAUCCCAGUCGGCCUCACUGCUACCGUCCCACCAGGUUGGAGGACGGUCAACUCCUGCCGAUGCUGGUAUGCUCUGCGUGGUGUGGACUUUCUCACAUCGCGAAGGACACACAAACACACACACACACAGGCGUGCAUGCCUGAUACUCCCCCCUCACUGCUGCUCGCCCUCUGUUACUGGAGCAUACAUACACACACUCAGGAGGAGAGACGGUGAGUGUGAGCGGUGGGACCCUGUCGUGUGGAGAAGGCUGAGGAGAGGAGCUGAGCUGAGCGGCGGAGUCUCACCAUGCCGUGGCAAGGAGAUCGGCUGAAGUGCUGCCUCUCUCUCUAUCUCUGGAGUCGAAGUUCUCUGCUGUUGCUCGGAUUGUUCUCUCUGCACGCACAAGGACACGGCAACAUAUUAGACAACAUGAGGCUUAAAACAUCCAGUAAGGAGGCUGAGGGUAGCGCAAAGGAGACUUUUGGCAGCGCAGCUCCUGCUUCGUCUUCCCAAAGAUUCCUGUGGUGUCACUGCUAUCACCACUGCCCAGACGAUUCAACCAAUAACACCUGCAGGACGGAUGGGUACUGUUUUACCAUGGUGGAGGAGGAGGGAGGGGUACCAGUACAGACUGCCGGCUGCCUGGGUCUGGUUGGAUCCGAAUUUCAGUGUAGAGACACAACCCAUAACAGGAGGUCGUUGGAGUGCUGUACAGAUGAAGACUACUGUAACAGAAACCUUCAUCCCACAUUGCCACCCCUCAAACCGCCUCUUUAUGUGGAUGGGAAGAUCCACCACAUGGCCUUGUUGGUUUCAGUGAGUGUGUGCAGCAUCCUGUUGGUUGUCAUCAUCGUUUUCUGCUAUUUCAGGUACAAGCGACAGGAGUCUCGUCCUCGUUACAGCAUUGGUUUGGAACAAGACGAGACCUUCAUCCCUCCUGGAGAAUCCCUGAAAGACCUGAUCGAGCAAUCACAAAGCUCUGGCUCAGGCUCAGGACUCCCCCUGCUGGUCCAGAGAACGAUAGCCAAGCAGAUUCAGAUGGUGAAGCAGAUCGGCAAAGGGCGUUACGGUGAGGUGUGGAUGGGCAGGUGGAGGGGCGAGAAGGUGGCGGUUAAAGUUUUCUUCACCACCGAAGAAGCCAGCUGGUUCAGAGAGACAGAGAUUUACCAGACGGUCCUGAUGAGACACGAGAACAUCCUAGGUUUCAUAGCUGCAGAUAUCAAAGGCAGCUCCUGGACCCAGCUCUACCUGAUCACUGACUACCAUGAAAACGGAUCUUUGUAUGACUACCUCAAAUCAACCACUCUGGACAACAAAGGCAUGCUGCGCCUGGCCUACUCCUCCAUGUCUGGACUCUGUCACCUCCACACGGAGAUCUUCGGGACCCAGGGCAAACCUGCCAUUGCUCACAGAGACCUGAAGAGUAAAAACAUUCUGGUGAAAAGAAACGGGACCUGCUGUAUCGCUGACCUGGGUCUGGCUGUCAAGUUUAUCAGUGACACAAAUGAAGUGGACAUCCCUCCCAACACUCGAGUUGGUACAAAGCGCUACAUGCCUCCAGAAGUUUUAGAUGAGACCUUGAACAGGAGUCACUUUCAGUCGUACAUCAUGGCGGACAUAUACAGCUUUGGGCUCAUCCUUUGGGAGAUUGCUCGGCGUUGCGUCUCAGGAGGAAUCCUGGAGGAGUACCAGUUACCAUACCAUGAGUUAGUCCCUGCAGACCCUUCCUAUGAAGACAUGAGAGAGGUGGUGUGCAUCAAGAAGCUGCGGCCCUCAUUUCCUAAUCGAUGGACCAGUGAUGAGUGUUUGAGACAGAUGGGGAAGCUGAUGACAGAAUGCUGGGCCCACAACCCGGCCUGUCGCCUCACAGCUCUGCGGGUCAAAAAGACACUUGCCAAAAUGUCAGAAUCACAGGACAUCAAGCUGUGAGGAGUUGCAGCCAGCUGUGCAUGGAGAGGGCAACGAUGAUCACACUGGAUCUGAUCCAGGCUGGGACAGUCUUUAUUUCUUUUGUUUUGGGGAAAGAAGCAGGAAAAGCAUCACUGGAUCUAAAACUCUGGAUCUAAUGCACAGAACCCUGCAAAGCCUUACGUUUGGUCAGAGAUUGCAACAAAUCAGUGUGUGGGUCUCAAACUGAGAAAAGGUCCCUAUGCACAUGCUCCAAAGGUCUCUAGAAUGAGGCUGUAGCUGCAGAGAAACUCAGUCUACUGACCAGGAAGUGGAAGAAUAUACCUGUGCUUUCUGUGAAAGCUGCCCUACCUGUAGACGAAGGUCCGAUUAACAGAACUGAAGGGAUAGAGCAACCCGUUACUGCACCUAAACACCUCUGUUCUACACACUCAUCAUCCCACUACUGGCUUUAUACAGUUAUUGUUAUUAUUAUUGGAUUGAACGCAUUCUUGUCACUCUUGAAUGGACUGACCUUGUGUGUCAGAAGUAUUUUGAGGCUUUACUGUAAAUUUCUGUUGAAGCUGAUUAAAGUUUUUAGACACUGAAGAGAUGUUGAACUUGUAUGUGAGCUGCAGUAGGUUUAUCAAAGUUGUAAAACUGCAUUUUCCAUGUAAAACUCUAAAUUUGUCAGAUUAUAUGUGGAAAAAAUAAUGUUUAUAUGGUUCAAUAAAUUUGGAUUGAAGGCCU